AUGACCGGAGAAAAAAACGAUGUAGUUUAUGUUAAUAGUCAAAAUUCGUCGUUGCUUGAAAUAUUUGUCAAUAGUAUGCAGAAUUAUGACAGAACUCAUUAUGCAAAUCGAGCUAAAAAUAUAAAGAAUCAACCACGUAUAAAUGAAGAUCCAAAAGAUGCACUAUUACGAAAAUUUCAAGAAGAAAUUGCUCGAUUAAAAGGACAACUUGAAGGUAAAGGUAAAGAUGGUCGAAAAUCACAUCGAAAUAGAAAUCGUGAUGGUACUGAAAUGGAUGAUGAUACAAGUGAACAAGAUGAUGAAGAAUUAUUUCUUAAAGAACAACAAGAUAAAUUAAAUGAAGAGAAACGUACAAUUAUGCAUAAAAAAAAUAUCAAUGAAAAUGAACGUGAAGCAAUGCUUAAACAACUUGAAGAACAAAAAAAAGAAAUUGAACGUGAACAAGAAGAACGUCGUAAAAUGCAACAUAAAAUUCUAGAAAUGCAAUCAAAAUUAAUUACUGGUGGUAAAGAUAUUAUAACACAUACAAGUGAACAAGAACAAGCUUUACGACAAAAACGACGUUUAAUUGCUGAAGCUGAACGUCGUAAUCGUGAAGUUCAACAACAAUUAGAACAACGUGAAGAAGAUCGACGAACAAUGAAUGAAACUUAUACAAGUAUUAAAGAAGAAGUUGAAGAUAAACGUACUAAACGUGAUAAAUUAUCUAAAUCAUUGAAAAAACUUGAAGCAAAAAAACAAGAUAUUAUUGAAAAACAUCGAUCAGCACGUGAAGAACUUGAAGCUGAACAACGUGAAAUGCAAAAACAAGCUAAAUUAUUUCAACUUGUUAUUGAAAAUUUUAUUCCUGUUGAUGAACGUGAACGUUUAUUAAAACGUAUACAAUUUGAUGAACAACAAAAUUAUUGGACACUUAAAGAAUUAUCAAAACAAACGUAUGAUAAAUAA